CGUCGCUCGGGAGACAAAGGCGGCCGGGCGUGGUUGCUGGCCACCCACCCCCUCGUGUGCCGUGCCGGCCUUCAUAGGUGCUCGUCGCUAACAGCACUUGGCCCCAAACAGUUCGUUACAGGCUAUACGGGGCCGUCUUUGUCUUUUUGUUGUUUUUGUGAGUGGAUAUUCUUGGUUCUGUCGGUAAAGUCACGUAGAUAGAAAAAAAAAAAAAUUGUGAGUGGAGCUUGGCGCUCGUGGCCGUUUCAUCCCCUCUCGCCGUCCCAAACAUUCACACAUAGCAACUCCUGACGUCCCGACGAGCUAUAAACAGCCUCGUGAUGGGGGUCGGGGGUAGAGGAUGAGCGUAAGGGAGCAGCUGCCGACACAGAUCGAGAGCAGUGUUCCAGUGACACUCCCAGCGGGCUCCGUCGAGAGCGUUAGGAGACCAGAAAAUCUCAGCCUGGAGUUCGUUUUUGCGUUGCGGCGGCUCUGCCUGACAUUUUAAGGUUUGUGUUUAAUAGACAGAGAGAGAUUGACAGAGGUUGAGUGUGGAGGAGAGAGAAGACAGUGAGCCACAGACAGGCCGGGUUGAAUUGGCGAGACACUGAGACAGUGCGUACAGAGAGAACGAGAGAGAGACACACAUUGACAGGGCCCUGAAGGAGUGACCGAGGGAAUCUUGAGAGAGAGAGAGAGAGAGGAGGGAUUUGAAGAACAGAGAUCGUUCGACACAUACCAAACAGAAACACAAAGAGACUCACACAUCGAGUCUUGAUAAGUUUACACAGACAAUGAGAGCAUUUUGAGAGAUAGACACAGACGCCCAUUAUUAUAGAGACACACGCAAAGAUAGACACCCAUAGAUAAACUCACAAAGGAGGAGGAAACGGCAGAGAAGCUCAGAGAGGACAGAAAGAAACAGGAAGUGAGGAUAGGGAGAGACAGAGAUACAGGAGAGUAAAGGAGAGACAAGGAGAGGCAGGUGAGGCAAGAGAGUCAGGGAGAAGAGGCCAUGGACUUUAGUCCGGGAUUCCGGGAUGCGCAGGCGAUGGACAAUCUUGAGAAGCAGCUGACGUGUCCCAUCUGCCUGGAGAUGUUCACCAAGCCCGUGGUGAUCCUUCCGUGUCAACACAACCUGUGCCGCAAGUGCGCCAACGACAUCUUCCAGGCGUCGAACCCGUUCUGGCAGUCUCGGAGCUCGGGCGUGGGCUCCGGGGGUCGCUUCCGAUGCCCGUCGUGCCGGCACGAGGUGGUGCUGGACCGACACGGGGUCUACGGCCUCCAGCGCAACCUCCUCGUGGAGAACAUCAUCGACAUCUACAAGCAGGAGUCCACCAAGCCCAUGAAGAAGACGGACCAGCCGAUGUGCGAGGAGCACGAGGACGAGCGGAUCAACAUCUACUGUAUCACGUGCGGCGUGCCCACCUGCUCCAUGUGCAAGGUGUUCGGGGCUCACUCGGGAUGCGAGGUGGCGCCACUGGGCACCGUCUACAAGAAGCAGAAGGGCGACCUGAGCGACGGGAUCGCCCUGCUCGUCGCCGGGAACGACCGCGUGCAGGCGGUCAUCGGACAGAUGGAGGAGACCUGCAAGGCGCUGGAGGCGAACAGCCGCCGCCAGAAGCAGAUGCUGUGCGAGCAGUUUGACGGGCUGUACGCGGUGCUGGAGCACCGCAAGCAGGAGAUGCUGCAGGCGGUGACGCGCGAACAGGACGAGCGCAUGCAGCGCCUGCGCACGCACAUGCGGCAGUACGGCGAGCACCUGGAAGUGGCCUCCAAGCUCGUGGAGAACGCCCUGCAGUCCAUGGAGGAGCCCGAGAUGGCACUCUUCCUGCAGAAUGCCAAGCCACUCAUUCAAAAGAUCAUCGAGUCGUCCCAGGCGACCCACAUCCAGAAGAUGGAGCCGGGCUUCGAGAACAUGGACCGAUUCAUGGCCAGCUUCGAGCAGGAGGAGGCCCUGCUGAGGAGGAUCACCUUCCUGAGCAGGAUGACGGAAUUGGUGGCGAUGGAACAGCAGCCGAACGAGCGAGCACUGCCAGAGAUGGAACGACGCAAUAAGCGUCUGUGCAGGAGCGGAAUGGACUUACGGCAUCUCGAGACCACGGUGGAGGCGAGUGGCGGAGGCGGAGGUGAGAAGCGAGACGAGGAGGAGGAGGAUGAGGAGGUGUUGGUGGAGGAGGUGGAGGUGGUGUACACGGAGGGGGAGGAUGGGCAAGCGGACGACUCGGUCGAGCAGGGCGCUGGCGCCGUUGGAGUCGGGGUGCAAGCGGGGCCCAGCGGGGUCAAGGGGGCGACGGGGGAAGGGACGCGAGCCCCCCGUGAAGACGGAGAGCCUCAAGCUGCGUUGGAUCCGCAUCUGGCCGAUUCCAGCACAGGGGAGGCGCCCAGCCGGCACGUGUUCUCCUUCCCGUGGCUCAACACCGCCAAGCACUGAUCGCAGGGAAGCCGUGUUCGCCGUCUCGACCAUCUCGCCCCGAGUGAGAGGCAGAGAGUGGGGAUCGAUCGGCGCCUUGAGUCACCCAAGUCAUCUCGGUCAACCCACGGCACCUGGUCCUGUCCCGUGGACUUCUGUUCAGCCGGCGAGCCUUCGACACUUCACGCGGCCUCAAAGUGCACGUAGCCUGGCACGAGCGUCGUAGUUGAUGGGCAAUAAUGGGAGAAGGUAAAUGAGGGGGAAGGAGGUCAUAAUUUGUAUGAUUGCGAUGGAGAGGAGGCAACUAGCAAUUGAUGAAUGAACUACAUUCAAUUCUUGUACUCAGGAUUAGUGCAUUGCGUUGUGCAUUUAGAAAUUGACUAUUUACAUUGAUACAUAUUAUAUGUUUAUGUGCAUGCCUUUAGGCUAAUGGAACAAAUGAGAGGCUACAUGCAAAAACAUACGGACAACGAUGCAAACGAGACAAAGAGUAAUCGAUUAUUUAUUUGAAUGGUGAAGCUGAAUAAUAGAAAUAGAAUCAUUGAAAGGGUGAAUCGUCAUAUGGCCUGUGGAGAGGGAAUACAGUGUAAGAUGUAGGGGCGACAUCAAAUGAGAUGCAUGCAGAAGUGCAAACACUUCCUGUGGAUUCAUUUAAAUUUUGUAACAUUUAUUAAUGGGAAUUAUUUUCCUUUUCCCAGAAAAUGCUUUGCUGUUUAGCUGAACGUUGCUCUACUGUUCGUUAAAAUUAAAUUCCUUCCUGCUCAAACGA